CAAUUACAAAGAAAAAGAAAAGAAAAUGAGGCCCAAUUUCUUUGUUGUUCUUCUUCUUUCUUUUGCUUCUUCCAUUCUAAUUCUCGCAAAUCUCUCCUCUGCUGCAAAAUUAGGAGGAGAAUUAAAAGGACAUGGCACAAAACUAGGAGGGUACCGUCCAAUAAAGAACUUGAGCGAUCCACACUUGGGUGAGAUUGGUAAGUUUGCGGUGAGUGAGCACAACAAAGAGGCCAACACCAAGCUUGUGUUCACCAAAGUGAUCAAAGGUGAGAGCCAAGUUGUGGCUGGAAUCAACUACAAGCUUGUUAUUGAGGCCAAGGAUACUACUCAUAAUAAUAAGGUUGGGAGGUAUGAGGUUAUUGUUUGGGAGAAGUCUUGGAAGAAAUUUAUGAAGCUUACCUCCUUUAAGCCUGUUGGUAUUAAGGUAUAAAUAUAAUGUGACUUUAGUGUGUUUGGUUGUAAUGAUCGAUUAAUUAUUAUAAUAAAGUGACUGCUUUGGUUCUAAAUUUUUGUGUGUUAUUUUAACUGGUGUUGGAUCUAAUUGUGGUUUCUGUGUGAUGAUUGUUGUGGUUUGAAGUGUGGUUAGGAGAA